GAUCCUUUUCUGCUAUCGAAUAGCUUCGGUGUGUGUAUGGCCUUCCGCACUGCUGGAGCUAGAGGCUUGACGGAAAUGAUGAGGCAAAAGAUGGCUCUUAGAGGCGUUAAGUUGACCAAACUCCAAUUCGCGGCUAUGGACCACUGGGUGGGCUCAGAAGACGAGGUUGUAAAGUAG